GAGUUAAUUCAAAUAUUGAAGAAUCAAAUGGAUGUUGCAGCAAAGAAAGAUGCUGAAUUAAUUGAAAACCAAAGUGGUAUUGCAAUUAAUAAGAUUCAACUAUUACCAAAAGUUCGUGAUAUUUUAUCAAAGGCAAAUUUAGCAGAAGUUAUAUUGGAUAAUAAUUUAUUGGCAGAAGUUAGACAAUGGUUAGAACCAUUACCUGAUGCAUCAUUACCUUCAUAUGAGAUUCAAAAGACAUUAUUCAGUGCAUUAUUAAAAUUACCAAUUAAUACAAAUCAUUUAAGAGAAUCUGGGAUUGGUAAGAUUUUAUUAUUUUAUCAAAAAUCUAAAAGGGUUGAACCAAAGAUUAAAAGAGUUGCAGAUAAAUUAAUUUCAGAUUGGACAAGACCAAUCAUUGGGGCAUCAGAUAAUUAUCGUGAUAAACAAUUCCAUUCAAUUGAUUAUGAUGCAUUAAAACAUAAGAAGAAAUUGAAAACAAGUGCUGAAAAAAUCCAUAUUGAUAAUAGUGAGAAAUCAAUUUAUGAACAACAAGCUGCAAGAAGAAAUAGAGCAGCUGCACCUGUUCCAACUGUUACUGAUUAUAAAUUUGCCCCAAAAUCAAGAUUAGAACGUGCACCUCAAAGUAUUAUGAAUGCUGGUGUUGGUACUUCAUUAAAUAGAGAUGAUCAAUUCAAGAGAAUUAAUCAAAGAUUAACAGGAAGAAAAGGGUC